AUGAGCGUCCCAGAAGCAGCAGACGAUCGCGGGACCACUGCUGCCGCCGCCAUCCCGGACCACGCCACAGCGCUCGAACAGGAGCGUGAUGCCGCAGCUCAGGCCCAGGAGGGCGAGCUCGAGAGCCUACAAGAAGCUGCACUCGCCAUACCCGAUUCCGACACCGCCGCCGCCGCAGCCAUCGCCACCGCAGCAACAGCAACAGUCCCAGCCCCAGCGGAUACCGACGAUGACUCUGCGCCCGCCGACCAAGCAGCUUCACCCUCUUCAUCAUCUCUUGCACCAGCGCAGGAGGGCAACGAAUCAUCGCCAGACCCCAUCACGACCGAAACACAAGGUCACCCGGGCUCUGUCAUGUUGGCGAACCCAGGGACAGUCGUCCAGGCACCUGCAUCGUCGAUGGACUGGUCGACGUUGCUUGGCUACUCUUCCCAGGGUCUUGGUGCAGCCAACAGCGCAUCGUCGACCGGCUUCGCCUUUGCGCGCGGCGCCACUGCCUUUGGGCUCAACCUCGCCAAGCGCAUCACCCAGGGCCUAGUGGCGCUUCCCGCCAUGGCAGUCGACGGCGCCUUGACCGGCACUGUUCCAGGGAGCAACGACGGGACGCCCUCGCUAGCCAAGGUCGCCCACAUGACCGUCGGAGGCUUCUUCGACGCCAUCAGCAUGGUCGCCCUCGGCGGCAUCGAUGUUACCAGUGCCAUCACCGGCGCCGGGCUGGGCGCGGCCGGGACGGGCGUCGAGGGGUUGCGGAGGUGGAUGGGCAGCGAGGUGCUCCGGAGCUUGUCCGAGUUUUCCAAGCUGGUCAAGCGCGAGUGGAACGCCGACGACGACGCUCUGCCGCCCGGUGGUAUCCCCGCCUAUUCAAUCAUUGGCAUCACUCAGGCCCUCACUGCCUGGGUUUGCAUCCAGCUCGUCACCCGCGACUAUCAGGAGAGGCGCAUGCUCAAGUCGAUGAUCGAGAUCGACCUCAACGAGAUGGAGGUGCAGCUCAAGGAGGCGCAGAAGGAAGAACUGGCGCGCAAGGAGGCUACCCAACCGACACCGUCAGUCGUCGGCGCCGUGACGGAUGGGGGCGCCGACAGCAGUAACAGCGAGCCUGCGCGUGAGCCGGAAAGCGACCGCGAUUCCGUGCGGAUCACGUCAAAGGAGAUGAUGUCGGGCCAGGAGGGCAACAUCAUCGGCGCAGAGAUCGGCUCGAAGCAGCAGGAAGGCACGUCGACCUUUGCUGUGCCGCACUCUUCCACGGCCCGGCCGCUCACCAACCUCGAGGCGCUGCGAGGUCUCCAGAGGUACUCGAAGCUGGUCCUUGGCGUGUACGGCGGGCUGGCGCUAGCUUGGCUCGGCACGCUUCCCGCUGAACAACAGGCUGCCUCCGGUGCGGUCGAAGCGAGGAAUCGCCCCGACGGUCCUACCACGAUCUUCUCCGCAGAAGAAGAGUUCCUGUCCCGAGACCAGGCCGACUUCCUUGAGGCGGCCGCGUCGAUGGACCUGCCUGAAGAGUCGGACGCAGAGGAGUCGGCAUGUGGCAGGAUGCCGGGCGCCAUGAUCAGUCCCAGCCCCACCCCCAGCAUAGCGACUCCGGCGUCGCGACCUGCACAGCUCGAAGUCUCGCCAUCACCAGCAAGCGGGCAGAGCUCCACGAGGCCGCAGGGCACUGCCUACAGCUAUCUCGAUAUCAUCUCGGGCCAGCACGACAACGACCUUUUCCAUCGCACCGCCAACCUCGAGAAGGGCGCGGCGCAGGAAGGCUCGUACGACGAGCAUGUGCCCCGUGCUGACCCGGGCGGAAAGGCGAGGCCGAGCAAGCCGCGGUUCUACGUGGUCACGGAUCACCCGCGCAAGGUCAUCAUCCUCGUCCUGCGAGGGAGCCUGUCGAUGGGCGACUUUGCGGCGGAUCUGACUUGCGAAUCGGUGCCCUUCACCUUCCAUCCGAGCGUCGGAGACGUGGCCGAAUCCACGAAUGAGACGGGCGCCCCGGCCGGGCACGGCCACAGCGAGGACUUCUGCCACGAAGGCAUGCUGAUCACGGCCAAGGAGAUCGGCGACGUGGGUCGACCCGUCAACCGAGCCGUCGCAUCGGCGCUGACCAGGAACGGUGGCUACUCGCUCGAGAUCGCCGGUCACUCGCUGGGAGCGGGUGUGGCCAGCAUCCUGGCCAUGAUGUGGGGCAAUCCCACAACGGGCCUGACGAUUGCCGAGAGCGGGCUGCCCGCUGGCCGCCGGAUUCACAGCUACUGCUACGCGGUGCCGUGCGUUGCGAGCGAGUCGUUGGCGAGGAAGUGCGCCGCCCUGGUGACGAGCCACGUCUACUCGUACGACUUUGUCACCCGGCUCUCGCUCGGCGCCAUCCAGGACAUCCGCAACGGCUGCGCCUGGCUCUGCUACGAGGACGCCGAGGCGUCCAGGCAGCAGGUCGACCGUCCGCAGGGCAAGGGCGCCGGGCCCAAGAAGAUGAGCUCGCUGAUGCGCAAGGCGUUCGAGCACCAGGCGGGCCGUCUUGACUCGAGCGAGACUGGCGAAAAGGCCGAGGUCGAGGCCGACUUUCUCUCGCUGCGCAAGACGCUCGAGGCCAACAUGCACGGCACCCACCUCUUCCCGCCGGGCAAGGUCCUCUACUCGCUGCCCAGCAGCGACCUCAACGGUCACGACGGCGCGGCGCUCUCGCCGCCCCGCAUCGAUCGCGACCGCCUCUUUUCGAUCGACGACAGGCCGGGAAGCCUCAAGAACGUCUUUGGACAGAUCAUCUUUUCGCGCACCAUGCUGAGCUGCCACAUGCCUUCCAAGUACGACCAGGCGCUCCACCGUCUGCCCCACUGA